ACAUGGCCGCACGGAGCAGGGGGAAUCUGGUGUGGAUCCCGAUAUUAUUGGGAAUUAGUGGAUUACUUAAUACAGCAAUACUAUCACACGCUCGGGAAGUUGUUUUAUUGAACACAAAAUUAUUACAGAGGUUGGAUUGGACUACGCAUAUAGAAGCACAGACACCAAACCCAGACAUCAAUGGAGAAAACCAGGGGUGGCUGGAAGGAAGUUACAACAAGGAUGAGAGACCAAUCCGCGUGUACACGUCAUGUUACGUGAUGGCGCCGGGCAUCAACAACUGGCUGCGAACGCCAUUCAUCAAACGUGGCGGUGCCAAGAGCCUGCACAUCGACAUCAAUUUCACGAUGCGCAAAUGCUCCAAGAUGACCGAGCCCAACAAUUUGCAGCAGUGUAAAGAGACCUUUAACCUGUACUACUACGAGGCGGAUUCCGACUUCGCGAACCAGGGCGUGCCCACGUGGGACUCGACCACAUACAAACUCAUCGACAAAGUGGCCGGGGACUAUCUGUACGAGACCCCGACGCACAUCAAGAUGAACUCGGAGUCAAGGCGGAUAGCCCUGAGACCGGAGCUGCGCGGGGCGUACUUCGCGUUCCAGGACGAGGGCGGGUGCGUGACGCUCAUCUCGAUCAAGAUCUACUACAUCACGUGCCCCAACGUGACGGUCAACUUCGCCUUCUUCCCCGAGACUCCCACGGGGGACACGGAUUACUCGCUCGUCGACCAGAGGGGCCAGUGUGUGGAAAACGCCGUCGAGAUGGAGGCCCCAACCCACCUGUGUCGGAGCGACGGGACCUGGUACGCGAAACCCAAGGGCCGGUGCGAGUGCAUGAUGGGAUAUGAAGGGAAUCUCGAGAAAACAGAGUGCACACGAUGUAAACCCAGUUACUACAAAUGGACACAAGGGACAACACCAUGUCGGGAAUGUCCGCCACACAGUUACGCCCGAGAACACGGUGCGUUUGAGUGCAACUGCGAAUUGGGAUAUUACCGGAGUCCACAGGAUGAGAAAUCCAUGGCGUGCACACGUCCACCGUCUGCACCCAGACAGCUGUCAGUCUACUCGAUGACCUCGACCUCUGUAACCUUGGAGUGGCAACCUCCAGGUGACCUUGGUGGGCGCCGUGACCUCCAGUACCGGGUGGAGUGUCGGGAGUGCAUGGAGUCUGUGCGGUACAGUCCUGGAUGGAGGGGCUUCAACACGACUCGAGUUAUCCUGUCGGGUCUCGCUCCUAGUUCAGAGUUCCGCAUCAUCCUGUAUGCCGAAAAUGGCGUCUCCGACAUGAGUGGCCAGAUCUCAUCGGCCGAUAUCUCCGUGACAACUGACGCUUCAGCUAAAGUGGUCAACGUUCGUCUGCUGAGCGUGGGUCCGAAGCACAUCACGGUGGGCUGGGACGUUCCGGUGGGGAUGGGUGGGGCCGUCAGGAAGUUUGAGGUGAAGUACUUCCCUCGCUCACAGCCCACCAAUGCCAUUGUCAGCUACACCAAGAUGCAGAACUUCAGUGUCACUGAGUUUAUGCUGGAGACCGAGUACGGAUUUCAGGUUCGAGGACAGACAGAUAAAGGCUGGGGAGAGUACAGUGAUACAUUGUUUGUUCAGUCGAACACUGGAAACAGCGACUAUGUGGACACACCAAUCGGAAUCAUCGCUGGGUCGAUUGUGGCUGUUAUUCUGUGCAUGGCAAUCGCCACCAUUAUGAUCUUCAUCCUGCUCAGAAGGAAUCGACAAAACUGCAAUGAGAAGAAAGAUUGUGACACCCCAUACAGUCAUGUUAUUCAGUACCCGCCAUUGGAGUCCCACCUUCACCUCAAUGGUGGAUUCAUUCCAUUUCCUUUUGCAUCGGAUCUACGUGUGUAUAGAAAUCCUGGUAUAACGAUGCCGCUGUUUCCCUCUCCUGGCUCCAUACACAGUUCAGUGAGAACGUACGUCGACCCUCAUACAUACGAAGAUCCAAACCAGGCCGUCCGUGAAUUUACCCGAGAGAUCGACGCAUCGCACAUUACCAUAGAGUCCGUGAUCGGAGGAGGAGAAUUUGGCGAUGUCUGCAAGGGAAAGUUACGUAUCCCAUGCCGACCCGAGAUGUCGGUGGCCAUCAAGACGCUGAAACCGGGCGCCACCGAGAAGAACCGACUGGACUUCCUGACGGAGGCGAGCAUCAUGGGACAGUUCGACGACCCCAACGUCAUCUUCCUCGAGGGCGUCGUAACCAAGAGCAACCCGAUCAUGAUCGUCACCGAGUACAUGUCUAACGGAUCACUGGAUGCUUUUCUCAGGAAUAAUGACGGCAAGUUUACAAUCAUCCAGCUGGUUGGUAUGAUGAGAGGAAUAUCUGCUGGGAUGAAAUAUCUAUCAGAGAUGGGCUAUGUACAUAGGGAUUUAGCAGCUCGGAAUAUUCUAGUCAACGAGACGCUUGUGUGUAAAGUUUCUGAUUUUGGUCUUUCUCGAGAAAUUGAAUCAGAUACGACUGACGGAGCCUAUACUACCAAGGGUGGAAAGAUACCAGUAAGGUGGACAGCUCCAGAGGCGAUUGCGUUUAGAAAAUUCACGUCUUCGUCCGACGUGUGGAGCUACGGAGUCGUGAUGUGGGAAAUAAUGUCAUACGGCGAGCGGCCAUAUUGGAACUGGUCCAACCAGGACGUCAUCAAGGCGGUAGACAAAGGUUAUAGGCUACCUCCACCAAUGGAUUGCCCAGAGGCAUGUCACCAACUCAUGUUAGACUGUUGGCAGCGGGAACGAUCUCAUAGACCCAAGUUCAUUCACAUUGUGAAAACACUCGACAAGCUCAUCCGAGCCCCAGAACUCCUCAGAAAGAUUGCUAAACCAAGACCUCACAACUUCAUUGACCCGAACGUGCCCGAUAUGACGCAGUUCACGAGUAUCGAGGACUGGCUCAUCUCGAUCAAGAUGGAGCGCUACAUCGACAACUUUCUCAAUGCCGGCUUCUCCAGCAUGGACCAGAUAUGUCGGCUGUCCAUCAAAGACUUGAUUAACCUCGGAAUCAACCUCGUCGGACACCAGAAGAAAAUCAUGAACAGUGUACAGACAUUCCGCGCUCAGCUAGCCGGUGCCCAGAUGUCCGAAGGCUUUCUCGUAUAGCCAGCGCUGUGUCUCUCUUAUCUGUGAUUCUUUUAGAACGGUUUAAAACCCAUACGUGACGAUGUUUUUUUGUGGUUUUUUUACACGGUUGGUAGUGAUGCAGGCUUGUGAAGACGGCGAUAGGCAGAUAUCUUGGAAGGUUAUUCUGUCAAUCAGAAGAAAGAAGCAGGUUUCUGACUACAGCAUUCCCAGUUAGUUUACUUAUUGAAAAGACAAUUUGAAGAAAAAGUGUCAUCUGUUUGUCCCAAGGAAAAUGAUUGGAGGGUGGGUUAAUGCCAAAAAGUGGAUCGUGUAUUAUGAUUGGUUGUUAAAAAAACGUCCAGCCCAGUCAAAAGAAGCAAUUCUAAAAUGGGCUUUAGCUGGUUUAGACAAAGUGGAAUGAGAAUUGUCUCAGACAGUGGCUGAAAUAUAGGAGCAACCUUAAAAAAAACCUAACUCUUUCUGUGAUUGGUUGUAAAUUUAAACUUUUAGCCAAUGAGGAAGUGGCUCUCGGCAGGCAUGGCUAGCUAGGUGUGAAAUAGAUUGUGAAAGCCUCGCUGAGAUUGGUCGGAACGCCUGUGUCACUUUAAAGACCUCUACUGUGAUUGGUUAUAAACCAAACAACAUAUUUUUUAUUUUGUGAGAAACCUACAGAAACAUGCUUGGUUGUAUAUAUAUAAAUAUUUAUUGGCAUGCGAGAUUGAAGAUGAAACAACCUGCCAGGUGAUGCAGGAAAACAGUUCUGUGUGUCACCGACCGUCUUGGACGUGAAUAAUUUUAACUAGUUUUACACCACGAAUGUGGAUAAUCCUACUCUGCUAAUCUGAAUAUGCAUAUGUUGAUCGGAAUAACUUAUUGUGGGUUUCUACAAACAACAUAUUCUUGGUAAGAAUGUUUCAAACCCAACAGAAGUUCAUCUCCAUCCCAUCGUAUUUGACAAGUGAAACAAACUAACCGUUGCUAUGCAAAUUGAUUGCUGAUCAUGUGACCUCCUGGUGAUCAUGUGAUUGGUCGUCAUGUAAACUCUGCAGCACGACAUGCAAAGAUAACUCUACUUUUAACUGAGGACUGUGUGAAAAUGUACAUAUCGCGGCGUUAGUGUUUGUACAUAGAGUGAAACGGACGAAACGUUCGUCUUUUGUAAAGUAUUGUAUAGAGUACAAGACUGGGUGUUAGUUUAUUGAGCGGGUGUGUUCGAAGAAUGCUUGUUAAUUACAACUCUCAAUAAGAGUGUUACGUGAGGGCAAAAACUGUCAUGCGCUAUGAUGUGUGGUUUAGACGAAUGGUCGUUUAAUAAUACUUAACAUAGUAUGUGGGGUAGAUUUUAAGGUUCAGUUUCAACAUGGGGGAAAAACACCUCACAAACAUAUCAUAUUUUUGAUGAUGUAACCUGUUUUACAGUUUAAUUUUUUUACUUCAUUUUGAAUUCUGAAUUAAUUUGUUUGGGUGGGUGGGGAUAAAUGUCAUUGGUCAAGAUUUUUUUUCUGUCUCUCUCUUGGUCUGUUAUAUUCAAUUAUUUAUUUUUUAAGUUUGAAAAAUACCAACUGAAGCUUUAACAAUAACAUAAAAUGUAAUGUUUAUGGAUUUUUAACAUUUUAUUCAUCUUUACAGAAUUUGAAACAUAAAAAUGUAAACCAAUACUUUAAAAUAGGGAAGAUUAUCACUGCGUAAUUAAAUGCAUAUCAACAUGCUUCAAGGAACCUCGUCUCCUCUUGGAUGUUGCCAUGUUGAAUAUGUUUCCAUGGAAACAGUUUAGUGCAGGUGGUGGUGUUGUCUCUCUCUCAACAGUUUGACAGAAUGUGGCAACAUAUAUGUUAAAUUACUUUACCACAGAAAUAUUCCAUCCAAAAAUUGAUUUUUCUAUGAUUUCAAAUGAUGAGGGUUUUGUUAGAUUUAAUUUUUUACACUUUCAUUUUGGUAUAUAAUAUUUUACACACACACAAAAGAUGUAAACAAUUAUUUCCAUCUGGUUUUAUUAAUGCUAGAAUAACCUAUUUACAGUUUAAAAAUUAGUUUUUAAAGUGUAUUACAAUAAAACCUGCCUAAAGUGAACCCUGAACAAACCGGAAUCCUGUUGAAACCGGAAAGUUUUAUGGUCCUAAAUUUUCUAAAUUCUAAAAAUAGGAUAAAUAUUAGGUCCUCAACAUGAUCCGAUUUAGACAGGUUUCAUUCUAUUUCCAAAGUUCAUCAAACAGAUUUUUAGUUUUCAGUAUAAAAUUUGACUUAAAUAUUUUUACAUACUCAACAAAAUUAAUUAAGUGUAUAUGUUUUCGACAUUUAUCUUUAUGCUACAAAAUACAUUUCCUUUUGACUUUACUAAAAUAAAAACCUUCCAAUUUUGUACAUUGUUAAACAUUGCUUAAAAUUUUACUGGCAUGACAUUUACAAAUCAUCUGUGAUCAAAUCAUGUUAACUAGUAAUAACAUUGAACAAAAAGUCUACUCAGACUUAGGUAAUUUUGUUGAGUAUAUUGCAAGUUUGAUUUUCAAUGACUGGAAUUAUAUAUUUUUUUAAAAUCAAAAGAUAUAAAAAAAAUACACUGAAACCCCACUAAAGCAGACACCCAAAAGAUUGAGUAAAUAGUCCUAUAUUAGGAGGUAUCUGUUUUAGAAAGGUUUAUUUCUGCACCGAUAUUUAAAAAGGGACUGAAAAACAUCCAAGUUUUGAGGGAAUUCAUUUACAGAGGGUCCGGUUUAUAAGGUUUCACUGUAUUUGUAAGCCCAUAGAAGGCAUUAUUUCGUAAAAUAUUUUUUUUUUAAAGUUUUUAUUUUUUAAUUUUAUUAUAGUUGUCAAAAAAAUAUCAACUAUUCUGUCCUGUGUGUUGCCUCUUGUAUUUGUAUUCUAUUCGUUUUAUUAUUUGGUGCAUGUGCUGCAAAUGUUAAGAAUGAAUGAGAAUUUUGUUUUCUACCCAAUUCUAUGUUUGAAAUCAAAGUGCUUUGUUUUGAUACUACUUUAUUUCAAUUUAUAUUACUUUAAGAAACAUGCAGAUUCUUUUUUCUUCUUUCUUACCUUGUUGUGCACAAACUACACAACUUAAGACAAUUUGAAGACAAAGAUAUUGUUAUUGGAUCUCGUUUUAUGAUCCGGUUUGGUUCAUUUGCCGUAACAUAUUAGUUUUAUUGUUCAAAGUGCAUUUUAGAAUGUGUACCAUAUUCGAUGUAAUAUAAAUACUGCUGUUUUAUAAUUAUACCGUUUGAAUGCAGAACGUUCUAGGCAAUAAUAUUACUAGAUUCAUUGCAAAAGACUGUUUUGUUAAUCAUCAAAGUGCAUGUAAUGCUGUUAGGUUUAGUGGACAUUUGGAAAUGGUUGUUCAAUUCAUUAAAUUUCGUUUUUAGUUUUAUUUCUGUUUUGGUCAAAGAUACGCCAUAUUUCUGUUUAUUAACAAGAUUUUCUUACAGGUGCAUGUAUGUGUUCAACACAGCACAAUAGUAUUAAAACCCACCAACACAUUUCAUCAUUAUUUAUUUAACAUCGGGUUUUGACCCUGCAAAAUGAACAAGUUUACCUCAACCGAAAUCAAACAAAUGUUGCAGACAAGUUCAUUUAAUGAACAGUCCCUAUGUACUUAACGGCAAGAUUUCUUAAAAUGGGACCAUUCAAAAUUAUGUGGUGUUUGGAUGGGACAAGUAUUCCGCAAAGAAUAAGGGGGGGGGGGGGGGGGGGGGGGGGGGGGGGGGGUAAUGACAAUGCUGGUUUUCAUCUAAAGUUUAAAGCAGACAUUUCUUUCUUAAAAUUCAAGACAUUUUCAAAAAUGGAAAUAAAUGACACUGAAUGAACAUGAAAGGAAGGCUUGUUCAUGUGAAAUUUUGUAUUUCAGGAUUCAGCCAGUAUAAAAUUUCAGUCUGGCGGGUGGUGGGUGGGAGAUGUAGUGUAAAAAAAAUUGCUACAGAUAAAAGGCAUUACAUAAUUUGAUGGUCCCAUCAGAGUUUGAAUGUUCCAGUGACAUGCAAACUAUUUCAGAAAAUUUUUGCGUUAAAAUAUGGAAGUAAUUCUGGUGUAUUAGUUAUAUGAUUUAGAAAGCAUUCAGCAUUUUGAAUAUAAAAUAUGCAACUUUAAUAUGAUGUCUGAAUUCUGCUUGACAGUAGCUUAAGAUUUAAUGAAUAAUAGCGAAAGAAAGGAAGGUUGUAGCAGGUGCAUAAUAUUGUGUUGUGUGGCCCACUUUGGUUCUCUCUAAUAACAUGUACCAUAUAGCAAUAUUAGACAAAAACAAACUAUUGUGUACAGAGCUGUUAACAUACGUAAUAAUGAAAUGAAAUAAAAAUGUAUAAAUUUUG